AUGCAUUGGACGUCACUCGCUGCCCUCGGGCUCGCGGCGCCCACCUCGGCGCUGCUUCGUUUUGGGUGCUCGCAGAUUGUCAUUGAGCGCCUCGACCCCUUGGUCAACCCCGGUCAAAACCCGUCGCCUCAUCUGCACCAGAUCAUCGGCGGCCUAACAAUAGACGUGCAGAAUGCGUUCAACGUCACGAUGGAUCCGACCAAGGACAUCUCCAAGGAGGCCACCUGCACGUCGUGCCAGUUCUCAGAGGACUUCUCCAACUACUGGACGGCAGUGCUAUUCUUCCAAGCCAAGAACGGGAGCGUGCACCGGGUGCCCAUCAUCCCCAACGUGGGGUUCGAGGGCGCCAGCGGCGGCAUGACGGUGUACUACAUGCAGGACGGGCUGGCGAACUACGCGCAGACGUCCAAGGUGACGGCGUUCAAGCCGGGCUUCCGCAUGCUCAUCGGCGAGGCGUCGUACCGGAGCAAGAACCAGGCGGCGCGCUUCCGCCAGAUCACGUACACGUGUCUGCAAACGCCAGGCACGCGCUACCCCGAGUCGGUCAACUUCCCGACCAGCCCGUGCCCGGCCGGUAUUAUGGCCAACGUGCGCUUCCCCACCUGCUGGGACGGCAAGAACCUCGACUCGCCCGACCACAUGUCGCACAUGUCGUACCCCGAGACGGGAACUUUUGAGAGCGGCGGCCCCUGCCCGGACUCGCACCCCGUCCGCGUGCCCCAGCUCAUGUACGAGACGGUGUGGAACACGAGCCGGUUCAACAACAAGGCGGACUGGCCCGAGACCGGCCAGCCGUUUGUCUGGGCCAUGGGAGACCACACCGGCUUCGGCUCACACGGCGACUACGUGUUCGGCUGGAAGGACGACGCGCUGCAGCGGGCCAUGGACUCGACCUGCUACGUCAACUGCCCGACCCUCAAGACGCAGGGCAUCUCGGACAUGAACAAGUGCACUGUGCCCGUGACCGUGGACGAGAAUGUCGACGGCUGGCUCCCUAGUCUCCCGGGAAGCCCCAGCGAGAUGUAA